CCCCCCCCCCCCCCCCCCCCCUUUAUUUUGGACAUGGAAGGAAAGACAUUCACCUUUCAAGUUAAUGUUAGUGCAUACAACUUCACUGCAAAUCAUCAGACUUUCACAAUCACACGGAUUCUUAAUGGAAGUGAUCGUGCACCGCUCCCUGAUUUCGUUGAUACUGUAGACAACGUGAACAAGAGGGAGGACAUACCAGUUGACAGAACGGUUCUUGCUAAGGUUGAAACUGGAGUUGGCAGUCAGCAGGCAGCACCAGAUGCGGUAUCAGGCCCAGAUGGUGGAGAACCACAGAGGCCUUCAGCCAGAGCAGCUUCGAAGAUGGUACAGAGACGCGUCUAGCUUAGUGCUUUGUCACCAGAUUUGCUUUGGCAUCAAUGUUGGGUUUUUAAUAUUAAGGAUGUGGUGUUUGCAUCUGUUUUUUUUUAACUUUCUGAACAAUCUGCGUUUUCUGAAUUUUCAAUAAAAUUAUUUUGGUUUUA